AUGCUGCUCAGUCGUGCUCGUAGAUCGUAUGAACACAGCGAGUCAUCGACACCACAGAGCGGGAGCAGCACGGGCACGAGUCUGGAUGAGGGCGAGAUAUCAGGCGUUGACGUCGAGCACGGGCAGAAGAAAGAGGGAAAAGCAGGAGACCGCCAUCGACGGUCGGCGUCUUCGAGUGAUGCUACUCCGCGGCCAGCUGCUGUGAUCCCUCGUGUCCUUUUUGGUACCACCGCCGGCGCACAGCAAGAGCAUCCUGCUCACCGACAGAGCUUGGAUACAUACAACGACGACGACCUCUUGAGUGUCGCCGGACUUGACUUGAGAGUCGCAGCUGGAGGUCACAAUCCGAACAAGAACAUCUUUACUUCCGAUUCUUUCUUUUCAUUUGCUCGCCCACGUUUUUCCAGCCAUCAGGACAGCAUCCAGCAGAUACAAAACACCCAUCAUACUGCUUCCAGACGACUCGCAGGCUUUCUGUCGUCCUCACCAUCUCGCUCACCCCAAAGAUCCCAUUCGCAUUCACGCUCAGAUACCAAUUCGAAGGGUGGCUUGGCUGUUCCAUCGGCCGAGUCCAGGGAACACACGAACGUGAUGGCUUCGUCUGUCAGUUCUGCGAACACCCUCAGUAAAGGUCACACCUCCCCAUCCAAGGCCUCUGCGCGCACAUACGACUCUAAACUUGUUUCUCGUGAGAUGCACAGAUUAGGCACACUCUCGCCCGCCCAUUCGCACUCGCAUACGCUUGCCUCGUCGCUCACCGCGAACCCUUCGUCCUCUACACUCGCGUUAGCGCCCUCUUCGGCGUCAAUAGCUACAUCUGGGACAUAUGUUGGCGGAUCUAGUUCUGUCCUUGGUGUCCCAAGCGGGGCCAUCUCAGUUAACUCUGGUCAUGUCAUCGCUUUAGGUAUGGGAGGACUGGACAGGGAUAAUCCAUGGGGAACAUUGCAUGUGCAUGUUCUUCCCCUUUUCAACGAGGAACCACUAAGGGUGCCAAUAGAAGACCUCAAUACUCUUGUCAAAAAACAUAUACAGGCCGUCCUCUCUGCAUCUCCAUCAAAGGCGCUCUCAACUCUCGAGAACGACGCAUUGGAGCUUGUGGGUGCGGGUAUGAUCACCCUUAACGCUAAACUAGUUGGUUUCGGAGAAGCCAAGUUCUCGAGUGACUCAAAACUCCCUAAUGUGGAUGAAGACUUGCUACUUCCCCGUCUCGUCGAGAUAUGGUCGUUCUUCUGGGACCAGAUAUUACCAUAUGUUGAAGGGGUUCUCCUACCACUUCAAACAGAUCCCCUACUUUCCUCACUCUACCGAAACCCAAAACAACACCGAACGUCCUCUCCCACGCGGCAGGGUGCCAAACCAUCCUCCUUCUCUCCUUCUUAUGGCUCUCCAUCUUCCAUGAGUUACGGCUCACCUGGGUCUACGACCUCGUCUUAUGCCACCUCAACUACAACGAUCGACGUACGGUCCAUCGCUCUUCGUGCGUUUCGCGAUAAAGUCGUUCUUCCUCUGCAUGCUUCUCUCCUUGCACGGCUCUCACCACCUCUCGUUAGAGAGACGCUUCUUGUCCUGACAUCGCAAAAAUCUCACCGAGUCAACCCGCACCCGCAUACACACACUCAUCCAGCAUCAUUAUCUCCUUCUAACCCCUACCUACACCGCCCCACUAACCACACCCACUCGCAAGCAGACGCACAGCCGACAACCGGUUCUCUCCUCCGUGCUCUCUCCUCUGCUCUUCAGUCCCAAGCCCAGCACCACCAAGCGCAUAACAGAACCUCAACGCAUUCGCCGAACUCGCCACGCUCUUUGUACACACACACCUCACCACAUUCAUAUGGGAGGACACAGGUGCCGGGGGCGCAUGCGAGUAUAUUUGGAUCUAGUAUAAGUCUUGGGGUGGGUGGGAUGAUUGGACGCGCACCGAGCUUUUUGUCGGGCGGGACACCACGUGAUAGGAGGGGUAGGGUCGCUGGGAAAGGAAAGGGAAGUACGGCGAGUUUGGGUGGGCGUGUAGACGAGGACGGUGGGGAGUUGGGGACGGCGGUGGCGACGAAGCGGAGGUUUGGACGUGUUGGAUCGUAUGAGCUCGAUGGCAGAGAUGUGGACUUGGAAGGUGAUGAGUAUGAUGGAGGGGAGACACCCAGAGUUGGGGUUGGUGCCGAACGGUUACGAGAACGAGAGAAGGAAAGAGAAAGAGGGAGAGUGGUGCUUGAAUCGUUGAGGAGUCCAGCUGCUUUUCAUAACGACGACGAUGCCGCUGGGUAUCAUCGUGCAAGUGUAGGUGGGUGGGGGCUUGGAGCUGGGAGUGAAGAGCACGUGGGUGGGGAAGAGGAGGAGGACGAUGAGGACGAACAGAUGGACUGGGAUCAAGCACAGGCGGUCGUUGAGCGGAUGGUAGGUAUGAAACCGAUGGAGUCACCAACAGAGACAACGCGCAGGAGGGGUACGUGA